UUCAGCACGUUAGUUGUUUUUUCCCGGAUAAGCUAAGCACAGACAGCAACUGCAUUUCUCUGGAAGUUUGCCCAUAAUAAUUCGUAUCUUACUGGCCGAGGGCGAAUGCAUUCACUUUUUACUGAAAAGGGUUGAUGUUCAUAUCAGUAAAGAAUGCAGAAUUAUCAUGAACAGUUUACAAACGCGUGAGAGAACCUGAGCAUUGCAUUACGUACACUACUUUGGAGUAAUAUUUCUGGGAUGAACUGAUUAUUACGGAUAGGAUUCAUUCAGUGGAUGCAUUCAGUCUGGGGAAACUGUCAAGACUGUGGAGAGUGCCCAGGAAAUAGCGAUGGACAGGAGGAUAUCCUGAAAUGGCCUCUACUAAUGGCUUCAAGGAGGAUUUAAUCAUUCAUUCACGCCGGUGACCGCACUCACUGCAACUUCAUCAAAACACGUUUAACCAACCCUCCAGCACAAUCGGAUGAGAAGAAAUGAAUGAAAUUAGAGUGGCCUAAAGAAACUGAGUCAAAGCUGGCAUGCUGCCCCAGAUUCCUGCCUCUUUUACUCAUUAAAGUUCAGGGUCACCACAGAGGCAGUCUGCCUCACUUUCUGCCUGCUUAUAUAUCAGACUCUGUAUAACGAGGCAUCAGAAGAAAGGAGCAACCAUGUAUUUAUUGGUAAUGUUUGUACUGCAGGCCCUGUGGGUGAAUUGGUGUCAUACCACGCAGCAUUAUCCAGCCUCAUGGGGGCACUACGAUGUUUGUAAGUCACAAGUAUACACAGAGGACCGACUGGCCUGGCACUACAUGGCCUGCCAACCUGAAGCCACUGACAUGACCAAAUACCUGAGAGUGUAUUUGGACCCACUCAACAUCACCUGCGGAGACCCACCUGAGAUGUACUGUGCUCUGGAAAACCCAUAUAUGUGUAAUAAUGAAUGUGAUGCUGAAACGGAGGAGCUGGCCCACCCACCUGAGCUCAUGUUUGACUCUGAGGGACGAAACCCAACAACAUUCUGGCAGACGACCUCCUGGAAGAAAUACCCAAAGCCCCUUCAAGUCAACAUCACACUCUCCUGGAACAAAACAAUUGAACUCACUGAUGACAUUGUCCUAACCUUUGAGUCUGGGCGACCAGAGCAAAUGGUGCUGGAGAAGUCACUGGAUUAUGGUCGUACGUGGCAGCCAUACCAGUUUUAUGCUGCUGAUUGCUUGGAUGCCUUUACGAUGGAACCAAAGGCAGUGCAUCAACUUACCCAAAGUAGCAUGCUAGAGAUCAUCUGCACUGAAUCCUAUUCAACAGGCUAUGUGUGGAAGUAUGACAAGACUGUACGCUUUGAGAUCAAAGACCGCUUUGCCCUGCUUGCAGGCCCAAGGCUGCACAACAUGGCUUCUCUGUAUGGACAACUGGACACCACCAAGAACCUGAGGGAUUUCUUCACCCUCACUGACCUACGCAUCAGACUUCUACGGCCGGCCACUGGAGCCACAAUGGUGGAUGAGAACAACCUCUCUAGAUACUUCUAUGCCAUCUCGGACAUCAAAGUGCAGGGCAGGUGCAAGUGCAAUCUCCAUGCCAACAGCUGUAUGUUUGACAAAGGGAAGCUGGGUUGCGAGUGUGAACACAACACUACAGGGCCAGAUUGCGCCCGCUGCAAGAGACACUACCAGGGCCGAGCCUGGAGCAUGGGCUCCUACCUGCCCAUCCCCAAGGGCACUGCCAAUAUCUGUAUCCCAAGCAAUCUUGGCACCUCUGUUCGGCCAAAUGCUUCCUCACUUGGAGCAGCAAAUCGAAAUCAAGCUCGAGUGUGUGACAACAUGCUCUUGCGUUGUCAGAAUGGAGGUGUUUGUCACCACCACCAGCGCUGCCAGUGUCCAGCGGGUUUCACCGGCUUACUGUGUGAGAAGACCCAAUGCCAGGGUAACUCCUGUGAGGAGCUGCAGUCCAGCCAGAGUGCUCUCCGCCCCGCACGUGCAGCUCAGACACUCCCACUGGCUCUUCUAUCGCUCAUCUCCUCCCUACUGGCCACCCGAGGCCCUACAUCACUCUGAGGGAGACAUUCAUGCCCCAAAGACAUUUGCCACAGGGGCUCUCAACCUGAAUUCCUGUUAGAGGACACAAGAUGGCCAAAAAGUAAUGCUCCCUUGCAACAAAAGAGAAAAAGAACUUCUUUUUAGGAAAUCACAAAGUUUUCUACUCAAUACUAUGUGUCAAUUAAAGUUUGCCAGAGAUGAUGUAUAAACAGACUACAAAACUAAAGAAACUGAGAGGAGAAAUGUAUAAAAACAAUCCUAACACUCAAUCUUUGUUACAAAUGUUAGGAAAGAAAUCAAAUCAAUACACUGGGAAACUGCUCUGAAGCCAUUCGUCAAAUAAAACAUCAUCUCUGAGAGCUUUGAAAACCUCUGCAAUACAGUUUUUGGAGACAAAUCGUCAAUGUCAAGAUGAAACAAGAUGUUCUCCUAGGCUACCAUGUAAAUGGAAGCACACCCUACCAAACUGGCUCUCAGAGUUCUCACAAACUAUGUUUUCCCCACCAUUUCUCUUCUUCCUGUAAUUAUGUGAAGUCAUGUAAAAGUCCAAUCUUCUUUUUUGACCAAUGCAGUAUUGGUGAGAUUGAUGUAUGUCUCAUACAGACUCGGCUCCAGCUCUAAGAUGAGUGAAAGUCGGGCCAUAGAUUUCCAAGUACCAUGGUAUAAACUUGGUUUUUGGACAUUGCACUAUUGUAACACCAUGUUUUUGGUCAUGUACCAUGCUAAUACCAUGGUAUUCUUUGAAGUAACUUGUAGUACCAUCUAAAUACCAUAGUACAUGAAUCAAUCAGUACUAUGAUAUAUAUCAAAGUACCAUGGUGUUACCAUUUGACACAAUAACCAUACCAUGAUCCUGCCACUGUAUUGUACCUCGUGUAAGAGAGGGGGGUGGUUUCUAAGGUGGGCUGAGCGCAUGAUUAGAUGGGCCAGGCCCACCCUGGCCCCCAUAUGGAGCUGGGCCUGUUCACACAUGUAUUGUCACAAGCUGAUCAGUCAGAUCUUAUUAAUAAUGAAGGAAUUUCCAUAUCUGGUGAUACUUUGUUGCCUGGUAUAAAAUCAAAUAUAACAUAUGAGAAACAUUUUUGUUGAAAUUUUCUACUGGGAUAUUAUCAUGAUAAAGUAAAUAAGAAAACAGAACAAGAGGAGAGACCUUUUUGCACUGCAGUAACCUUUAGAAUUUGGGCAGGUCUUGAUGUGUUUUAUUAAUGCCCCAUUGAAGUUUCAUAUCCCUGUUAAGUUGCUAACAAGCUGCUUAAAAUAUAUGUUUACAUUCUCAGCAAAUAAGCUGUACAAAAGAUUUCACACCGCAAAAAAAAAAAAAAAAAAAGGCAAAUGAUUUCAUGUUUCUUAACAUGAAAAAGGCAUGAAUUCAUAGCAAAUAAGGAAAUUAUAUAUGUAAUUAAUUGGAUUUACAUUUAAACGUAAUUAAUGUAUUUGUUACAGUUUUAGUAAUACUUGCUAUUGAAGCAAUUAUUACUUAAUAUAUAGGUUGUAAUAAAGCAUUGACUAAUUGCUAA